AUGAAUCGAUUCGAUUUGCCUGAUGGUUUACCGGUACCAGUCGAUGAUGGUCAAUGUGCACACUUAAAGGCUGGCACGAAAUUUCCUGUUGAUAUUUUAAUUCAUUUACCUACGACUAGUAAAAAUUCGGUAGACAUUGUUAGCCAACCACGUACUAUAAUAUAUUUUUAUCCUCGGACUGGUAAACCAGAUCAAAAGCUUCCUGAUGGUUGGGAUGAGAUUCCUGGCGCUCGAGGAUGUACACCAGAAUCAUGUGGAUUUCGUGAUCAUUAUCAAGAAUUACAAUCGUUAGGUGCAACUGUUUAUGGAUGUAGUACUCAAACAACUGAGUAUCAACAAGAAGUUGCCGAUCGAUUACAUUUACCAUUUGAUUUAUUAAGUGAUUCAAAAUUAGAAUUAUUAAAUCAUUUAAAGUUACCUCACUUUACUUUGCCAGAAUUGGAUAAUAUUCCAUUAAUUGCACGUUUGACAAUAAUAAUCAAAUAUGAUACUAUUGAACAUGUUUUUUAUCCAAUAUUUCCACCUGAUAAACAUUCACAACAAGUUAUCGAUUGGUUAAAACAAAAUCCAUUAAAAUAA